ACACCGCUACUACUUGUUGCGAACCGUUCGAACGAUUCGCAGUAGCCUGUGAAGAGCGGUAGGGGUGUCCAAGCUAGAAACCAUGCCUUUAUUCGUUCAAGUUGUGUCGCACGGUUAAGAUGUACAGUGGAAGGAUCGCUUUUCAGAAGCCUUCCUCCUUGGGAAGGCUUCACAGCUGGCCCGAUCGUAACGGGCCGAACGGACGUUGGAACAACAGCGUGAGAGUAGUAGUGCCGGCUAAUAAUUACCUUUCCCAGCAGCAGCAGCAGCAGAAUGAAAAUGAAACUACGGAACAAAGCCAGGAGCUGGCCGAGCAGUCGAACGCACCGGAGUCGAUCGAUCCGGAGUGUCUGAUCAAGCAUCCGCUCCAGCACACCUGGACGCUGUGGUACCUCGAGGUGGACCGCACGAAAAAGUGGACCGAUUCGAUGAACGAGGUGACCAGCUUCUCGACGGUGGAGGACUUCUGGAGUCUGUUCAACCACAUCCGCGGCCCGUCCGAGAUCAAGGUGGGCGGUGACUACAUGCUGUUCAAGUCGCACAUCCGCCCGAUGUGGGAGGACGACGCGAACAAGCACGGUGGCCGAUGGACGAUCAGCAUGAACAAGCGCCUGUCGGACAAAUGCUGGCUGGAUACGGUACUCUGCCUGAUUGGGGAGACUUUCGAACAUUCGGAUCAGAUAUGCGGUGCUACGGUGAACGUUCGUCAAAAGAUUGAUAAAAUCUCCAUCUGGACCGCUGACUAUGAUAAUCGCGCCGCCGUGCUGGAUAUCGGCCGAACGUACAAGGAGCGAUUAGGCCUGCGAGAAAACAUCUACUACCAAAUGCAUAAGGACACGAUGGUGAAGCUGUCCUCGUCGGGGACGAAAUCGACGUACACCGUUUAAUCUUGAUUCGAGCCGUCUCUCCGGAGCCCUUUUCUCGUGUCCGAAACCCAAUGGUUUGUUUGCGGAUCAACACGACGCGAUGACGAACGAGCUAACAACUACUGCUGGACAUGUGUACGUGUGUGUGUGCGUGUGUAGUGAUCGAAGGUGGGUGAUCUGUGCGAUUGAGGAAAGGCGAAAGCGAUUGAGGAAACGAAACAGCACCACAACACACACAAUCGACAUCAUCGAUAUUCACAGGAAAAAGGGAUUUCAUUUUUUACCUAGCCUAACGCGGGGCUGCUAGAGCGCGUGUUGUGGAUCAGUGAGCAUUGUUUUUAGGUGAGCUUAGCGGGGGAAAUAAGUUAGAUCGAUCGACGCAACGCAAUCAAAACGGUCAACUAGGGGGGCGCAUAGAGAGAGAGAGGGAGAGAUGCUUUAAGCAUUGUGCGAUUGAUAUUUAUACCCCCCCCACAGCCAAGAUUGUAACACAUAACAACCAAGCUGGUACUAUGUUCGAUCGUUCGACACAUUCUGCCGGUCGAUUUUGCGUAGGCACAAGUGGCGGGAGGACGCAAUUGUGUAGGAUAGAUCUAAUGAAUUGCUCACGUGGAAAUAGAAAAACGAAAUAUAGGUCAACCGGCGCUUUCCGUGAAUCCGUGCAUCGAUCUUAAACCAUGCACACCGUUUCCUUUCUCUUGUGGUGCCAGUGGUGCGCGGGAAGCGAAGCGUGCAAGCCAGGAAAACCCACGAGUGUAUGUGUGUUCAAUCAGCAAACGUCUGCCCUCAUCCGGUUAGGUUUUGUUUCGUUUUCUUUCAGCCAAGCUUUACCAAUGAUUGUACGCGCUUAAUAUUGGCAAAACACAGGAGAAAGGGGAGAACAAGAAGAAGGCCCAAACUAUAGUGCAGCCAGAGGCAAGGUGUGAGAGGAGGGAGUGUGUGUCCGGAGUAGAGAAAUAGAAAGCCGCACGACGACAGUGUGUGUAGCUUUUGCGGAUCGAAGCAACCGCGGACCCGUGAAUGCAACGCAGAAGUGUUGGGCAUGAAGCAGGAGAGAAGUACAGUAUGCGAUUUGUACAGAUAAAUAGAAAAAAAGCAACAGAAACUUUAAGUGCGCUUGGGUGCAAGGAAAGGUUCUCUUCUGGUUAGGUAGCUUCUUUUCAUUCUUUUUUAUUCGUUUGUUUUAUUCAUCCGUUACGGCUACACAGAGCGAGCAGCAGGGAAUAGAGUCUUCAAGCCCCGGAUCGUUAUAAUCAGUUUUUUUUUUCGGGGAGAGUUUUGUUUCGUUUCGUGUGGAACGUUCGUAGCUUAGCACGACGAAACACAGUCGGUAAAGAAAAGGGAUACGUACUGAAAGGAGAGAGAAAAAAGCGGAAGAAGGAGUAGGAAGACACGUAAUCAAUAUGCAUUACACAUCCGCUGUCCAAGCUGCGCCGCUACUAGCUAGCCGGACUUGAGAUGGUGGUGUGUGCGGGAGAGGAGAGCUAGAGCUUCGUUUUGCGCUGGUACGUAUGUUUUUUUUUUGCUAGUUAAGGUUAUACCAUAGAAUGGAUGUUGCGAUUAUGUAUUGAAAACACAUGUGUACUACCAACUACCAACUACUACUACUACUACUACUACUUCUGGAACUAUCUCUACUAAUCUACUCUGUACUAUUGUUUAUGGAAUAAUUUGAAUAUAAAUAAGCAUUACUCGGCUGAACACACAACCACA